AUGACAGUUAAACGAUGGGCAUUCAACGUAACAAAGUGGCAACCUACAGAUAAAGAAAUUUCAUGGUUAUGCGACUUGUUGCCACCAGCAGAACGAGAACGCAUUCAGCGUUUCCGAUUCCCCAUAGACAGCCAUCGUGCUCUCAUAGGACAGCUACUCUCGCGCGUAGCGGUGCUAUCUUUCCUUCCCGAAGGAGUACGUUGGAAUGAUGUUGAUAUCCGCCGGACAGAAUAUCAGAAACCAUACUUGGCCUCACCUCAAAUCCCAGAUUUGCUCUUCAAUAUCUCGCACCAUGGGGACUAUGUCGUCGUAGCAGCGGGAUAUGCUAUCCAUCUAGGGGUAGACGUUUCGCGAGUCGAAAAGCCGGACAACGAGUCAAUCGAAGAGUAUUUUGCCAUAUUCAAGUCGUACUUUACCCACCGAGAAUGGGAGUAUAUAAACGAUUUGACGAGUGGGAAUCGUGAUGAGGAGAGAUUACACCGUUUCUGUCAACAAUGGUGUCUUAAAGAAAGCUAUGUCAAGGCAUUGGGUGUCGGACUAGGAUUGGAGCUGGAACGAAUUGAGUUCCGAUUAUCGAAUUCAAAAAGAUUAUCUGAUGAGCGGGUGCAGGCGGUUGAUAAUGACAUUGUCGUCCUACAAGAUGGAAAGCUUCAAAAGGAGUUCAAAUUUGAGCUAUCGUACGUUGAUCCAUUGCACCCGGUAGCUCUGUGUUAUGCUGCGAAUGAGACAGCAGCGGUGCCCGACCGACAAUCAUUAUCAGCGACGGAUGGUGCAUCGCGGUUCUUCAGAGUGAUGUCCUGGGACGAAAUAGAAGCUCUUAUACGACAAGCUCAAAAACCAUAG